AUUCGGCUUAUAUUCGGGGAAGCACCCAGUCAACUGCACUUCAGGGUGCUCCGGGCAUGCAGCUCAGCCAGUUUGAGGCUGGCACGGUCGCGGUCUUGCCUCAGGCGGCGAGAGGAGACACGAGUUGAGUCGCGACCUGGGGUAGCGGCCGAGAUAGAUUCUGCAUCCGUUGCACUCCGUGGUCUUUCGGUGUCUUGUUACUUCCCCGUCUGAGCUGCAAAGAUCUGCGCUGGCGACCCGGCAGAAUUUUCGCUGCUGGUGCGGUGCGCGGGACUCACAGACUCUCCAAAAGCGGCUGGUGACUCUCGGCGGUUGGAGGCUCUCCCGGCUGGGUGUGCAGAUCAGACGAGCUCGACGUCUUGCGAGGACACGAGCGCGCAGUCAUUUGAAAGGCGAAGGCUAGCUCGGUGGAAACGAGCUCUCUCCAAUGAGAGAUUUCUCUUUUCCGGCUGGACGGUUGUGUAAGACCGCGGCCGCACUCGCCAUGCUCGCCGAUAGCCACGACUUUCGGGCAUGCUCGACGAGCUAUCGUGUCUUCGAAGUUCUGGAGUGGCUACAGAGACCUCCACUUUUCUGAACGUUCGAAACCGCAAUCUGAAAGCGUCUGCAGUUCUUUAAAAGUCCUUGAAGACCGGCCUUGUUUGUCGUAAGAUCGCGGCACCCCGUCCAGCAGAGACGGAACCUUCCAAGUUGAUGCUUCUGUCCAUAAGGGUUUGAAACCUGUUUCCGAGAUGGCAGACUUUGACAAGAAGAGCUUGACAGCGGAGUUCCUCGGGAGUUUUGCGCUCCUGUUCGCUGCCGAGCUCCUGAGCCUGUUCAAAUCCGACAUUUUUUCGUACGGUCUCGCGCUCUCACUCACCUACGCCGUCGUGACCACCGCCCUCCACCAGUACCGGGAUGUGCAGCUGAAUCCUAUUUUGACGGUGAUCGAUGUUCUGUCAGGCCGAGUCAAAGUUAAGAGUGCCAUGGUGACAAUCGUUCUCCAGUUUGCUGGAGCGGCCCUGGGUGCCUUGCUGUCAGCGCUGAUUUGCGGCGAGUCGGGCAUUCUGCCCGCGGGGGUGGAAGGCGCAGUCUCUUCAAAGAUUCUCCUCGCGCAACUCGUUUUCUGCAGUACCUUGGCUUUCGCGCACAUCGAGACGUCUGCAGACACAGGCCAGCUCUCAGGCGUCGCCGUAGGUCUGGUCACGUACGCUGCGUACACCGCCACCUUUGGCCUCUCCGGCUACCUGAACCCCGCAGUGGCGCUUGGCACAAACAUCGGAAAUGCCCUUCAGGGAACGUCCAUCAGUUACUCCCAGUUUGCCUCGUUCGUUGUGAUCCCGUUCUUGGCCGCGGUGGCUGGCUGGGGCGCCUACAAGCUGGCGUACGACAACCUGCUGAUGGCUGAAUUUUUCUCCAGUCUCGCGUUCACGUACUGCGCGUGCUGUGCCAUGACGGGGGACAUCGACGGCGCCAACACGGCUCUCAGCAUUGGAUGCAUGGCCGCGGCUCUAAUUUAUGCGAUCGGGUGGAAGUCUGGCGGUGCCCUCAACCCCGCCAUCACCCUGGGCACGCUGGUCGCGGGUCACAGUCGAGUACCGGACAUGCUGCUGUAUUGCUUUUUUCAGUGUGGAGCAGGCGUUCUCGGAGCUGUCUUGGCGCGGUACACCAUGGGGCCUUUGGAUCUGUUCAACCUUCUCUCGUCGGGGACCAAGAGCUACGAUUUGUUGAUGCUCUUCCUUUUCAGCAUGCUCCUCAUGGCCGCCUACAUCUUGACCUUCGGCGACCUCUUCGGACGCCCUGCGGGCGCUGUGAUUGGGGCCGUUUACACAGUUUUCCACUUUAUUUCCGCCAAGGCCGUCACUCUCAAUGUUCAAACCGCCGUCGGCAUCAUCGUCAGCCAACUCCUCUUGAACGGUUACGCCGAAGACUGGGGGAGCGCUCUGGCCAGCGUGUCCAUCCCCAUUCUCGGAUGUCUCGUAGCCUCAGGUCUUCUUGCGUUCCUUCCCAGCCAGUACCAGAGACACGCGUGAACGAAACUCAAGUCAAAUGGUUUCGUGUAUAUAUAAAGUAGGGGAAAACGCCCGAGGAAAUGCUUCACGCUCUUCAAAAGACUGCAGGCAACUUCGCCUUGACGCGUCGAAGAAACGUCGCCCUCUACUGCAAUGGAACGUCCCGAAGCAGGAAAAACUGUUUGUAGACGGCCCCGGGGAUUGGUGCGCCACGGUGCUCUCGCACCGUUUUCGUGGGGGACCGAAGAGUUUGUUACCGCCCUGCUACGCUUGUUGUUCCGCCGAGCGACUGUGUGCGUCGAAAAACGACAGACUGAGAAUGACAGAAAACACUCUCGAGCGCACCUGAAGCUUUUGCGCUGUUCACGCGGUCGAAGAUGAUCAAACCUCUCGAAAACACAGCCACGCAAGAAACGCCAGGAGACGCCCUGCCACCUUUCUCCAGUGGCCGACACCCAGCACUAUGACAAGUCUCGCUUUCUCUACACAGUAAAACCCAACCCCCUCACGCCCAGCUCCGAGCCACGUGUACAGAAAGGCCAGUCACUUUUCCGAGACGGGCCUCGCACUGGAGCACUUGUGCUUCCUAAAAUGGCGUGCUGUGGAGAAUUUUCAGAGUGCUGAGGUCAGGUAUUCGGGAGCCUUCUUCGACAGCUCAUGCGCCGAACAGUCGACACGACAUGCUCUUAGGAAUUGUUUCCUGCGUACAAGCCUUCACACACGUUCUCCCCCAGGAUUUCUCACGUUUUCACGUUGUGCCAGAAAGCAACGCAGGACACGCUCUAGAGGACUAGGCAAGAAGAUGACGCCUUGCGGUGCAGAGGGUGCGGUCCGCCGUUUGAAAUCCUCAGCAGCUGAACUUAAGCAGUUCCUCUCAGGUGCUGUGUUUCUCGUUCCAUAUGUCACACAUUCUUCGCGAUCCUGGCUGCCC